AAUCUCAGCCGCGUCAAGAGCUGCAGCGAGUGCGCGCGGAAAAUUUAAUCUCGUUCGUUUUUUUUUAAUGAGAAAAUGUCACUAUUAAUUCUUUUGGGCGUUUUAUUGCAUUGUUGUGCAUUUGGUAUAUCGGAUGAACACGAGAAACUGGCAGGCAAUCAUGUGUCAGGGGCAACAAAUGUGAUGAACAUGCCAUUAACACCUUCGCCAGAGAAUGUACGGCAAUUUCAAGGAAAUUAUCCUUUCCCUUCGCUCGGAUACAAACCACAAAGAUGUCCUCUAUGCGAUAAUUCGAUUUAUCUUUAUUGCGGCGAGAAAUUGUUCCACGAUACCUGCUGUUGUACCAAUCCUUACGAUUUAUCUUACCAAUGUAAAUUAGCAGACUGCCAAUUUCUGCAUGCCAACAACUGCAAGGAGCAUCGCUUGAUUGCCAACUGCUGUUGCAACGACGAUUAUCGCACCCUUCUGGAAAGCUUAGCGCAGGAAUAAAGCCAUCGCACAUCG